UGUCACCAAAGCAGUAAAAGCAUUCCCGAGGAAAUUUCUUUCUCUCUCCCUCUCUUUCUCCCUCAACAAAAUCUCGAAAGGAAGCAAGCUCAAGAACUUGGGGUUUCUUUUUUACAUUUUAUUGAUUGAUUGGUAAGCAAUUUUCAGCUUCUUUUGAUCUAAAAUUUGCAGUUGACAGUAAACCAUAGAACUAAAAAAUUAGGAUUGUAUUCAUCAUUUUCUUGAAAUAGCCCGCCCUAGUUUCUCUUCAUAUUAUUGAUAUCAGUUAAUUAUAUGAAGUAAUGAAAAGAAGACCCAAAUUAGAUUCAGAGGUUGUGAAGGGUUGCCUCAGAUCCAUGGAACCUAGAUUUCACGUGUUAGAAAAUUUGAAAAAGUCUUCACCUUUUUAGGGUUUCCUCUGUGAUUAUUUCUGGGUUUGGAUUUUUUUAUUUACUUCUGGUUAAAACAGAAUUUGGGGUUCUGUAUUUGAUUCAAGAAUCUCGUAUUAUUUAGUUAGAUUCUAAAAAACCCUAAUUUCUUCUAUUAUUCAAAUUGGCGUUGACGAAUCAUCAGAUCCAGUUUUUGACACCGUCGGAUCUGUUGACCAAAUCGCGAUUCGUCGUUCAUGAUGCUAAAAUCAGUGAUCAAUCUAAAGCGAUUCGUGUAGAAUUUGGGAGGUUUUUUAUAAUCUUCAAAAAAGAGGGGUUAGAUGGAAGAGAUGCCUCCUGCAGUUUCAGUUACUCUUGGGAAUCACGUCGAUUUCACUCGAAUGAAGCUAUUUACUGAAACCGCAAGCUUGUUAUCAGAAAAAAACAUCAAUGGCGAUAUCAUGAUUCCAGAAACCGAUGCCGAUGAAAUUAUGUCAGUUGGUGAUGAACAACAGAUUGAAAUUAACACUUCGGUUAGUGUACCAAUUGCUGUUGCGAUUGAAGGGAUAGAUAAUGGUCAAAUAGUUGCUAAAGUUAUUAGUUUGGAAGCUGAACAUACUUUGAAAGCUUCUGUAGUGACGAUUGGAGAGAAGAAUCAGACUAAAGUGUUAAGAAGUGUUUUUGAGUUGGAAUAUUUGCCACUUUGGGGCUCUCAUUCAGUUUGUGGUAAAAGGCCAGAAAUGGAAGAUGCUGUUGUGGCUGUUCCUCAGUUUAUGCAAGUUCCAAUUAAGAUGUUUGUUGCAGAUCAUGUAAUUGAUAGGGUGAACCCUAAUUUGAGUGAUUUGACUGCUCAUUUUUUUGGAGUUUAUGAUGGACAUGGAGGCUCUCAGGUUGCCAAUUACUGUCGUGAUCGCCUCCAUUUUGCUUUAGAGGAAGAACUAAAAAUCACAAAGCAAGAACUCAUUAAAGGGACAAUCAAUGACAGCUUACAAAUUGGAUGGGAAAAAGCCUUCACAAAAUGCUUUCAAAAGGUAGAUGAUGAAGUCGGAGGGAAUGUGAGCAGAAACAUUCCGGAAGUUUCCGGAGACCCGUCUGACAUAACUUCUGAACCAGUAGCCCCAGAAACCGUGGGGUCCACUGCUGUGGUUGCCUUAAUCUGUUCAUCACAUAUCAUAAUUGCAAACUGCGGUGAUUCUAGAGCUGUUCUUUAUCGUGGCAAAGAAGCCAUGGCUUUGUCAAAUGAUCAUAAACCAAAUAGGGAAGAUGAAUAUGCAAGAAUUGAGGCGGCUGGAGGAAAGGUUAUACAAUGGCAAGGGCACCGUGUGUUUGGUGUGCUUGCAAUGUCGAGGUCAAUUGGGGAUCGGUAUUUGAAACCGUGGAUAAUACCGGAACCAGAAGUGACAUUCACAGCAAGAGCAAGAGAAGACGAAUGCCUAAUAUUAGCAAGUGAUGGAUUAUGGGAUGUCAUGUCAAAUGAAGAAGCAUGUGAAGUGGCAAGAAAACGGAUCUUGAUUUGGCAUAAAAAGAAUGGUGGAAACACCCUCGAAAGAGUGGGCCCCGAGGCUGAGGAUCCUGCAGCGCAAGCAGCAGCCGAUUACCUCGCCAUGCUGGCGAUCCAGAAAGGAAGCAACGAUAAUAUAUCCGUCAUUGUCGUCGAUCUUAAAGCUCAAAGAAGGUUCAAAACAAAAUCUUCAUCUUGAUUUUGUUGCUAUUUUAUGAUGAUGAUGAUGAUGAUGAUGAUGAUGAUAUAUGAUAUAGUUUUUAUAGAACACAAGUUUUUCUUCUCAUUGUUAGUCCAUUCAUUUUUCAUAUGGGCUUUGAAUGUGUGUAUGAGAAUAUGCUUUUUAUUAUUGCUAAUUUGCUAUAGCUUAGUAUAAUUAUAAUCUCUUUAUUUUGGUUGUGGCUAUGUAUACUAUAUUAUCCUAUUGUAGAGACUGCUUACUAUCUCACUAAUAUAUACUAUAUUAUCUUUA